AGAUUUUCGGGCUCUAUUGCUUUUGAACUUUCAUUUAUAUCUGCAAUUUUUCAAUAAAACAUAUUCGACAUUCAACACGCAGAUCAUGAUUCUAGGCAGAUUCAAGCAGUGGACUGGAGAAAAAUUUGGUGGGGCGAAAGUGACUCUGCAAACCGAAGAUUUUCAGCGCUUGGAACAGGAGACAGAGCGUAGAAGACAAGGCUAUGAAGAAGUAGUGGAGGCAGUUGAUCUACUUUCAACUUAUUUAUUGAAAAGGAAGACCUCACCUGACGACAACAAAAUGAAAAGUAUGCCACUCGAAGCUCUUGGUACCUGUAUGCAUCAUUAUGGCACGGUCUUUCCGGAACAUUCACCACUAGGCAAAUCAUUGAUUAACUUAGGCCAAACCGAAACUCGAAUUGCUGCACUACAAGAGGCUCUGGCGAUGGAGAUUAAGGCGAAGUAUCAAACAAUCUUGGAAGCUGGUCUUAAAGAUUAUAAGGAGUUUGAUGCUUUAAGAAAGAAGUUGGCUUCCCGUCGACUGGAUUAUGACUCGAAAUUAAAUAGAUUGAAUAAGGCUAAAAGAGAAAAACCAGAACUUGAGCAAGAGAUGCAGGCUGCUAAGAUUAAAUACGAAGAAACCGAGAAUGAUUUGAUUCACAGAAUGGCUUACCUCGAAGAAUUCGAGACCGUGCAUCGAAAUGCUUUAUACGAUAUGCUUGAAGCGCAAUGCAGCUUUCACACGCAUGCCAAAGAUCUACUAGAAUCGCUCAAAAAGAGCUGGGGGGAUCCACCACCAUCCAAUGAUAACAGUCCUUGCGAUCUACUGGGAAAAGUGAUGGUACGAUCAUCGACUAACAGCUCUGUGAACUCGAUAAGCGCAGAGGUAGCGCCUUUGCGCCGUCGUGGAUCACCUGCUGCUUUCGCAGUAUCGCAAAGCAUGAGCCGAGAUAUAAGUGCAGAAACACACUCUUCCCAAAAAAGCCAUAAUCAUUUGACUGAUUCUCUUGCAAGUCACGCACAAUUAUUGUCAAUUCAUCCAACAAGUGAACAGCCUACAUUAAUUGAAGAGGAUAAACUUAGGCGAGCGCUAUAUGAUUUUACGAGCGAGAAUACUGACGAAAUUUCUUUUAAAACCGGUGAUAUUAUACUCGUUCUUAGCGAGAUUGAUAAAGGAUGGUGGCUAGGUGAGUUGAAUGGAAAGCGUGGCAUUUUUCCGGUCAAUUAUACAGAAGACUACGAUCUUCGAAAACGACCGUUACCGCCUGUUUCUACAGAAGACAACAUCAUCAAUAGCAGCAAUAGCAGUACGAGUGGCUCUUCUGUAGAUCAAAGGCAAUACGAACCUGCACCUCCUACCCCAUCAUCAUCCACCUCUUCACAAAUACCUGCGCCACCGCCACCCAAUUCUCUACUUCAUCAAAAAUCUACACCUGAACUUACUAUUAAUACUAGUUCACUUUCAAGCCCUCGCAUUGGUGAAGGAAAUCGUAGUUCUCCAUCAGUGUAUUUCUCAACAGAAUCUCCUGCACCUAUUCGUAGACCGCCUCUGCCUCCUGUUUCCGCUUCUUCUCCUUCUAUUCCUACGUCUCGCAAACCUAGUCUCACCAGACAACGUUCUACAGCCAUUCGAGCUCCUCCUCCUCCUCCUCCUCCUCCUCUUCGUGUCAAAACAACAAUACAAUAAUUUAACGCGCUUCUUUACUAGUAAUAAUUACAACCUAAUCUUUUUUGUUUUCCUUUAUUCCUCGCUAUUCGCUAAAUUAACUCAUGUUCCUUUGCAUAAGUACUGUAAUAAAUCCCCAACAUUUUUUUUUUUU